UCAAUCUCUCUUUGUACUUUUGGUAAAAUGUUCUGUUUUGUUGCUUCUCCCUUUCGGAAGUUCGCCGUUGAAAAUACGCUAGCGUAAAGCUCUCCCCAGCCGCGCGAAUCAACCGCAAUCAGUGUGCCGAGUUAUCCCCGAUUACAACCAACCAAUAAUAAGUCAACAUGUCGACCAACCGUGCCCCAAAAUCCGGAUUCGCUGCCGAAGCCCAGAGAAAGAUCAAUUCCAAAUACAGCGAAGAACUGGCCGCCGAAUGUUUGGAAUGGAUCAAGGAAGUAACCGGCGAACCGAUCAACACCUCCGGCGAGAUGGACAACUUCUACGAGGUGCUGAAGGAUGGCGUGCUGCUGUGCAAUCUGGCCAACGCUAUCGAGACCGGUUCGGUGAAGAAGAUCAACACCAGCAAGAUGGCAUUCAAGUGCAUGGAAAACAUCUCCGCCUUUCUGGAGAAUGCGAAAAAGUUCGGCGUUCCACCGCAGGAAACCUUCCAGACGGUGGACCUAUGGGAACGGCAAAAUUUGAACUCGGUCGUUAUCUGCCUGCAAUCGUUGGGAAGAAAAAUGGCCAAAUACGGAAAACCCUCGAUCGGCCCGAAGGAGGCGGACAAGAACGAACGUCAGUUCUCGGAAGAACAGCUGCGGGCUGGUCAAACGGUCAUUUCCCUGCAGUACGGCUCCAAUAAGGGUGCUACCCAGAGCGGCAUCAACUUCGGCAACACUAGACACAUGUAAGAGAAACGCCACUUCAUCCGUUGGUUUUUUACCGUUCAGAUUUUUUGAUUGGAUAAGCAGUUAGUGACUUAUAGUAAGAACAAUGUUAAAAAAAAAUCUUAGUAUGACAACGAAUUAGGCAGCAUUCUGAUGCAAAUAGUUUGUACCAUAAUCAUCAGAUACAUGUUUUAUUAUUACAUAUACCACUGUUAGAGGGUGGACGUUGGUUUUGUCCGCCCGAAACCAAGUUAUUACCGAAACAGGAAAAUAGAAAAACAACAAAUAAACAGGAUGAAAUCCUUCGACCAUAGAAGACACAGAUAGUGAACCUUCUGAAAUUAAAUAAGCAACGUAAAUGUGUGUAGAUAAAGCAUUCCCGUUUCGAGGCAUUUUUAUCUACUUCCCAUUACCUACCGAAAAAUAGCCUUUUCCUUGGUGAUAGGACCGUAAAAUUAGAGUGCUCUUAUUAAACGAAAGUGAAACAGAAGUGAUGUCCGAUAAUGAGCAUGGGAACCUUUUGUGGAAUCCAGCAACGAUAACGCCUUAGCUUAUCAGUCUCAAUACAAAUCAAAUCAGUAUGACUCGGAGAUUCGGAACCAAGUUGUCGGCUUCCGCUAAUUCUAUCCUGAUCAAUAGUUGAGCCUCACUCAUUCCAGAAACAAAUAUAUGGUAUUCAGCUUGUUACAUUCCAUUUACUAUCACUUAAGUACAUUCAGAAUAGAGGUUCAAUAAAUAUUUAAGCAAUAACUGUUUGAUUGAACCAGAACGAACAAUAAAGCAUAAACGUACAUACAUUAUAUAUUUCGGUGCCAUCAACAGAGUCAACGAGGCGGAAACUAUAUUCAAUAUUUAUUGCCAAAUAGAUACGGUUGCAGACAGUUAGGUAGUGACUGAAGUAGUUUCAACCCGCGUGAUAGGAAAUUUAAAAAUUCACACAUUGAUUUUAAUGAAAAUCUUGAUACUUAAAGCAACGGCAGACAAUCGGUGGGAGACAAAACAGACCUGAAAGAGUGUAAUAAAUCAAAACAGAUGGCCUUAUAAAUUACAAAAAUCCGAAUUGGAAGCGUUACAAUAUUCAGUGGGCGUUUUUUCUUCAAAUCAAUCAGUAUUUUUACAAAACAGAAAAUAAAUUUGCCAUUCCGUUCUCUAUACUAGUUGAGUCUAUUUUUGGUUGAAUUGUACUCUGCUGUGCAUAGCUGUGUUUAUCCGUACUUUCGUAAAUUAUUAACUUUCGUUCUGCUAUAAUUUGUCAUUUUUGUUUGGGUAAGUUAUUAUGUAAAAAUAAAAC